AAAAAAAAAAAAAAAAAAAAAAAAAAAUCCAGAAGCAAACGAGGUAAAAGUUUUAAAAAAUCGAGGCAAAUCCACACCAUCCACCAUGACUUUCUCGUACCGCAUGAGAUGGAUGCUGCCCGUGGCCCUCCUCAGGCUGCUGCUCGUGUCCGUGAUCAAGAACGCCGGCAACCACACGUACGAUUCCUCCCACAGGCUGGAGACUUACUACGAUUUCAUUGUUGUGGGCUCGGGGUCCGCGGGCGCCACUCUCGCCGCCAGGUUAUCCGAGGUCACAGGAUGGCGCAUCCUUCUGCUGGAGGCGGGCGGGGAACCUCCUCCAGAGAGCCACGUGCCGGCGCUGUACCCGGCGCUGCUGCAGGGAGAAGCCGACUGGAAUUUCGUCACCACAAGGCAGCGACACAGCCUCAGGGGGUUCACGGACAGGCGACCCCCUACGGGCGUGGCAAAGUGGUGGGCGGCAGUUCGACCAUUAACUUCAUGAUGUACCUGAGAGGCAACCGGCGUGACUUCGAUAACUGGGAGGCGAUGGGGAAUCCCGGGUGGAGCUACCGGGACGUCCUGCCUUACUUCAUCAAGUCGGAGGAUUACCGGGGGACGAGGCACGGGGCCACAGCUGCUUACCACGGCUUCGGCGGUCCGCUGACGGUGGAAGACAAGCAUUGGUACACGCCCCUCCUCAACGGGUUCCUGAAGGCGGGGCAGCAGUUGGGUUAUAAUGUCAUCGACGCCAACGGACCUGAAAUGAUAGGUGAUAGGUUGAUAGGUACACUCAAGGUUGAUAGACUUAGGUCGGCGUUCCUUUCAUUCGUGUCCGCUGAUGAGGUGGCCGUCACAAAGGCUGGAGCGCUCUGCACGCGCCCUCGGGGAAGCAGGGUCAAGGUCAAGGGAGGUGCCUUGAGGCUACCCACGCCCUCAAACAAGUCAAGGGAGGAUGCCCGAGCUCCCACGCCUGCUCAGCGGAAUCCUGCACUAGAGCGGUAA